AUGGGUGUCCCAACAAAUAACUUCCACGAACUCGAACGCCAGCGCCGCGAACUAGAAGCCAACACCCUCAAGCUCCAAGAAUCUCUCUACCACUGGCGAACCUGGGAAGCCGAAUACGACGGUCUAAAAGAAGAAAUCGACGAUCUGGACGAAAAUGCCUCAACUGUCGAUUUCCUCCGCAUCGGUCGCGACUUCGGUGGUGACUUGGUCAAUGAAGAGGAGGUCAAGGUGAUUUUAGGCGCAAAGCAGGGCGUGACGCGGUCGAAGGAGCAGGUCGUUAGUCUUAUAUCGAGGCGAAUCGACUACGUGAAGGAGAAUGUGAAGACUAUAGAGAAGAGGUUGCUUACGGCUGAGAAUCAACUGAGUGGAUUGGAUGCUGUUGGUCAGGCGCCUCCUGUGACUGAUCCGCAGUUGCCUAUGACGGAGAUUAUGGAGGAGCUUGAUGGGGAGGGAAAUAUUGUUUCGAGCUCGACGCAGACACCGGGUAGUGAGGCGCCGGAGCUUUUGAAUAUUUUGAAGAGAGUGGGCGCGGAGGUUCCGGAUACUCAGCAGGAUACGGAGGCUGAGACGCAACAAUCGAAGGUUGAAGAAGUGGAAAAUUCUCGACCCGACGAAAAGAAGGAAGAAGAAAAGGUCGCUUCAACUCCAAAGGAAACAACAACUUCCCCUCAAGCCCCCGAAACGCAGCCUGGACCCACGACAUUCACAAGUGAAGCGCGUCCUGAGAUCACCGAAGAGCACCCUGUUACGGAAGUUGACGAGUCUCCUGAGGAUGCAGCGCUACGACGAGAAAUGCUGGAAUACGGAAUGAACGAGAUUGGCGCCGUAGUGGCAGAGCUCGAACUGGAUGAAAAUGGAAGCGAUGUCUCUUAUGACGACGGUUACGGCACUUAUGAUGAAGAUGAGGAAGAAGAUGAAUUCGGACGAAGCACGGGAUCCGUCCUGAGCGAGGAUUAUCACAAGCAAAUGCGCGAGUUGGAGGAGAGGUUAGGUGCCAAAGGAAUGUGGAAUAUGGGCAAAGACACGGCUACGCUGCCAGAUGAGAUGCAAUAUGACCUCGAUCAGGCAGAUGAGCCGGCUCCAAGAAAGGAGAAAUCAAAGAAGAAGGUUGCGUUCGCUGAUGACCUCGAUAUCGCACCUGCGGCAGAGCCCCCUUCAACAGAGAAAAGGAGUCUUCCGCCUCAGCAGCCUGACGUGCCUACAAUGUCGGAUGCUAUUAUUGAACGUGCCGAACCAGCCGCAAAGACUCCUGCACCGGCUGAAGCUCCUAAGAAGACCUCUCGGUUCAAGAGUGCCAGAAAGAACGCCUUAAGCAGCGAGCCUACUACACCGACACCAGCCACAAACAUCAGCUUUCGACCCCCCGAGGUCCGUUCGACAGCUCGCAAAUCUAACCCAUCUCCUUCCCUUCCCUUAUUCCCAGCCAAGCCUGCGGAACCAAAGCCUUUCUCUCAACCCAUUGCCGAUGUCUUUGCACACGAGAAACCGCCCAUCUCGGAACCACAGCCACCUCAAGACAAGAUAUUAGCGGACAAACUCGUCGAGAGAGACAUUAAAGAAGGGAGCGCCCCGGCACCCGAAGCAGACGAGAUUGAGGAUAAUAUCCACAGAAAGGAGGUCGCGAGCGAGUUUUACAGAAUGAGAAACCGGAUGAUCCAGCAGAACGGCGGGUUCAUGAAUAAUGAACCUGAGACUGUCCCCCUGGAUGAAGACGAUGCGCCACGGGUAAGCAAAUUCAAAGCUGCGCGGAUGAACAAAUCAUAG